GGCUGGUGGCGGUGUUGGGGUUGGGGGCGGGGCUGAUCGGUGUUCUCGGCGCUCGCUGCGCUGCCCUGGGCCGGACUGAGAGACAGAGACAGAGAGAGAGACAGAGAUAUGGGCAAAAAACACAAGAGGCACAAGGCGGACAGACAGCAGCUGGAGGAAUAUAAAGAUAAACCUCUGAAACUGGUGCUUAAAGUAGGUGGGAAUGAAAUAACAGAACUGUCGACGGCAACUUCAGGACAUGAGUCCAGCUUACUUGAAGACAAAAGUGAUUACGACAAGCACAAAGACAAGAAGAAAAAGAAAAAAAAGAAGAUUGAAAAGGAGAAGCGCACAACUGAAAAUGAACGAAAAAGGAAAAAAGAUGACAAGAAAAAGCGAGAGAAAGAGCCACCCGCUGGUGAAAGGGGCGAGGAGGAGAAGAGUCAAUCACCUACAAGGUUUGAGAUGCCAGUGGACAGACUCAUGGCUUCUCCUUUAUUGAAGGUAGAAGAAUACCAAACUCCCUUUCAAGAACUGCUACAUCAGGUGUUGCGUCAACUUCAGAGGAAAGACCCCAAUGCGUUUUUUUCAUUCCCCGUUACUGAUUUUAUCGCCCCUGGUUACACUAUGAUCAUUAAACAUCCAAUGGACUUCAGUACGAUGAAAGAGAGGGUGAAGAAGAACGAGUAUCAGAGUCUAGAGGAGUUGAAGGGAGACCUCAGAACCAUGUGUGAAAAUGCAAUGACGUACAACCGGCCAGAAACUAUUUACUACAAAGCUGCAAAGAAACUGCUGCACUCUGGGAUGAAAAUCCUAAGCCCGGAGAGAAUCCAGACUCUGAAACAAAGUAUAGACUUCAUGCAGGACCUGGAGAAAUCCCACAAGCAAGGGGAUAAGACCAGAACGGGAGAAUCGAAUGGGGAAUGCAGAAAGGACGAGAAGGAUGAAAAAUGGAAAGCCAUGGACAGUGAGAAGGGUGAAAGAGCUUCAGCGAACCAAACGAGUGAAGACAACAGGUCAGAAAAAGACACUGGCGAGGAUGCACUAACUGGUGCUAAUCAUGCGAUCGAUGAAGAAACGAAAAAGCUUGAUCGCAUUAUUGAAGAAUCCUCUGGAAAAUUCACCCGGCGUAAAACAGAUAGCAAGUUUGAAUUCCAGAGAAGAAAAAAUGAUGGCACCACUACCCUUGGAAUCAGGAAUCCAACAGAACCUGACAUGGGAGAUCCAACUUACUGUCCAGUGAAGCUGGGAAUGAUGACAGGCAGAUUGCAGUCUGGUAUCAACACACUUCAAGGAUUUAAAGAGGAUAAACGCAAUAAAGUUAUACCAGUGAUGUACUUGAACUAUGGACCAUUCAGUUCUUAUGCUCCAGGUUAUGAUUCUACCUGUGCUAAUCUCAGCAAGGAGGAUUCUGACCUGUUGUAUUCCACGUAUGGUGAUGAUUCAAGCUUGCUUGGGUCCUUUAGUGUUCAACAGUUCUUGGCGAGCAACAGUGACUACAGUGUUGACAUGGUGGAUAAUUUGCUAGAUUCACUAACAAAUGGCGAGCAUUCGAAAGCACUGAAAGAGCUGCAACCAGUCAUAUCUAACAAUGAAAAUGAUCUGAAUGUUCUUAAAGCCUCUGAAGAUGUACAGGUUGUUCCAGCCGAGUUGGAAUGUGGCCACGGGAACACCAAGGAUAGCUUUGCUUCCCUACGGCCUGUAAUUAACACUGAAACCGAGUCACAAGAGUCUGGGAUUCUCCAAAAGAAGUUGGAUGAAACAACCAAGUUAUUACAAGAGCUGCAACAAGCACAGAAUGAGCGUUUCAGCACCAAACCCUCAUCAACCAUGCUCUGCCUACUGGGCCCUUCGAUCCGAGAGUAUCAAAUCGCUGAAAAGGUGACUGGAAACCUUAAAGAGUUGGCAAGCCAGGUGACUCCUGGUGACAUCACCAGUGUUGCUGGAAUCCGUAAGGCCAUGGGGGUCACAGUUCCUUUGGAAAUGCUGGAAGACUCUUUGCCAGACUCUUUACAUGGGGCUAACAGUGGUGACCAAGUGGAGGCGAUGGAAACAGAGUGUGAGCGAUGUGAACAGGUUAUUACCAUCAGUGGUGAAGAACCAAUUGUUAUUUCUGUAUGAAUCGUCGGUGUGCUUAAGUGUGUACUUUUAAACAUUUCUAAAUGAUUGGCAGUAGUGAAACAUUUGUAUGACUUUUGUAAAGUGUGUGCAUAAUAAAUGUAGAUUUUUAUAA